CCUGAGCAGGGUAUUAGGCCGAGUUGGGUUUCUAUAAAUGAAAUUAAAGCGGUAACAGCAUUUACAGAGGUCCGCGAUUGCCAUCGAUCAAUCUUUACGCGGCAACCUCCACGCCGCGGACGCGAUCGUGACAGAAAUCGGGUGCAGCGGAAAGAGGCGGACGGCUGCGAUUUAUAAUAGAAUACACGGCUGUAUAAAUUUCGCUCGUCGGAUAAUAAAGAACGUGCAGUGUGCAAGGUUGUUGAAGCGAAGAACAUUGAUUUUCCGGGAGGUUAAGGACACCGUAAACUGCAGCCACCACGUGACUUUACAUAGCCGACGCGACGCGCCUCCUAAAUAUGUAUCUUGAACGUCUUCUUCUCCCAUCAUUGGCUAUCCGGGUCGUUGUUCGUCAAAGAACUUUACUUCGUUCUUCGAUCGUGACACGAGCAUCGGGUUGAUAUUUGGUGAACGUGCACGGUUACGCGGCGAUGUCGCGGCGAGGUUGUAUCGGAUUGAAGUGGAACCAAUAAAUUUUCGGCUGCUUCGACCCACAUUGAAUUUCGAAGAACCACGCCGAAAAAGCAUUGGCGACGGACCGUAUUAAUUGUGGGGUGAUGGGAAUAUGCAAGGCGGCCGAGGGUAACGCAAUUUAACAGGCUUACCUCUCUACUCGGUAAACCCUCUAUCCCGUUAGCUGAUGGCGAAUGCAACUUGUGACCCACAUGCAAGCGACGAUUAAAUCCGACUAAGCUCUCGCCUUUACGGUGAUAAGAACUCGGCUGUAUCGUCUUCGACAAUUAACCUUUCGUCGGCUGGACGUGCAUCCUUUGAUCGUCGGACCUUAAAUUAUGUGGCUUAAAUGACGUGCCUUGAAUGGAUACAUGGCGACCGCAGAUCGCGUGUAUGGUCCGUUUAAAAUGAUCUCUUACAGUUGCCCACGAAUUUUCACUGUAUACCUGUUGUUGUUGUUGUUGUUGUUGUUGUUGUUCUUACUGCCGUUGUCGUUGUUGUCGUCGCUGUACUAAGGUGCAAUACGACAACGAAGCAUCACGCACGAGACACGAUACGGGAGGAAGGAAAAUUUCUCCCUGAACAUGUUUCACCGCGACACGUUGACUCGCAUUGACACGCGGUUUAUCUUCCGAAACCGACAAGUUUGCAUAUUGUCCGUAACCGAGGUGUGCUUCGUAGCUCGAGGUGUCCUAAACUGUUCGGGACUUGCACACAUUUACACCGUAAUGUUUCUCUCAUGAACGCCCCAAAAGCCUCGUAAUUCACGAACACUUGAACAACAGUUAAAGAAAACGCGUAAUAUUCUGCGCGGUGAUUUCACCAGCAGCAGGCUCGCCGAUUACUCAUCGACAAUCAACGGACCGGUUCGGCGGGAGAUCUCUCUCGUAGCGUAUUGUUGUCAUGAAUUGGCGAAAAGGAACUGCGAGAGAGACGAUGCCACGAGGACAACAGCACUCUGCGUGCACAACGUUUCCUCCGUACUGCGUCCGGGUCGAGCACCUACCUAGUCGAGUCGUCAUCGAGGACUCGACGCAGGCGCCCGAAAGAAAACCACCCCCUGUAACCCGCAAACUCGAUCGCCUCCAUCCCCUUCGGCUCGGUCGGGGGUGAACAUCCGCGAGUCAAACGCGCUGUACCAUACCCUCGGGUAUAUGUGCACCGAUGGACAGCGGAAUGACCGUCGCCGUGGGAACGAUUCGACGACGUCGCAGAUGCAUGCUCCUUUUCCUUACUUUUCGAAAGCAUCAAUCGUAUCUUCCCUAUGAACCCAGCAAAACACCGUCGAUUCGCAGGACGCUCCACAUAUGGAAAUCAACACCGAUCGUAUCUCCGUUCAAUGCCCUCUGCAAAACAGUCGUGUGAAUCGCAGCGAUAGCUAUUCGGUCGCGAUGCGGCAGAAAUUUUGAGAGUGGAACGUGCGAGGUAUACCUGUGAAGUUACAUACGUGGCAUUCCUUCGAAAAGAAGGGAAAUUCGAGGCGCAUGGAACUCUUUAUCAUCGUACAUGCACAUCGACAUCGGAUUGGAUGGAUCCUGCCUGAAAUGUUCCGCACCGGACUGGCACGAAACUGCUUCUGAGUAAAUUUCUCUGACGGAAUAACACUGGUAAAGUUGCACAUGCGCCAGCGUCGGUUCCCAUGGAAACGGGAUGCGAGCGGCCGCGUGUGAAUGCGUAUUGAUUACUCUACUCUUGCUCCAUUCCGCGAUCUCUUGGUCCUCGUCGUAUCUCCUCCUGUCGCCCCUCCGCGACCCUGGUUCUCUCCUCUUUUUUCGCGGCACCACCUCUCUUUCGGUUCGUCCGCGCAACAAAUCUUUCCGUUCCAUCGACGAGCUUUUCUGUUCUCCCCCGAGUUAGCCUCGUAACAUCGUAUCCCCGCGCGCUCCGCGGUCACGCAUUCCUAGGAAAGAUUCUUCUUUAUCAGGCUCCUUGACUCACGGCACACGGUGGAUUUCUGCGUUCCAAACGCGCACGAUUUAAGCGGGAACUCCAAUCGAAGCGUAGGAGUUUCCCGACGUUGACCACUUUUUUGACUUGCCUUCUACCGCUGAGAACGAGAUACCACUGUGACGUAAAGCGCGCCGUAAUCACGCGUUUCUUUCCUCACUCACUUACAAAGUAGCCUUGGUAGGAUACGAGACGAAAUUUGCGGUAUGACGCAACGAGAUCAAUUUUAGAUACGUUAAAUACCCAAGCGGAACAAAUUAUUCUACGUAUUUCGCAACGUCGGAAGCUACGUUCGAAACGUCGGGCGGAUGCGGGCAGGCCUUCGGAAAGUUUAAAAGGGAAAACAAAGUUAGCGGUGUAGGCCGAGGUCUUUCUGCAAUAGAAAUAAGCUUCCACUGCGAGAACUGAGUAAUUUCAGCUGUACGACGAGAAAGUGGAGAAGAUAGGGAAAAAGGUACGCUCGCGACACGCAGCUUGAACUUCCGGGAACAUGUAGCGCGAACUAGAGGUUAAUUAAAAGAUGCACCUAGAGGAACGUGAACGAGAUGCAGCUAUCAGUUGUAUUCACAACGAACGGGUCAUUGAUCCUCGAACGGUCGCUUUGCAGACUUCUCGACCGUAUUAUUCAACAGGACAAAUACUCUCGCUUUGAAACUGUCGCGCAGGAAAAUCGGCCUGUCGAUGUUUUCCCUUCGUCGGACACGAAACCGCUUGUUCUCCUUUCGUAACGUGGGGACGCAACCAAACCAUUACAAUGUCUCCUCGUAAACGGUGUUUCCUUUGUGCCCAAUCUUCGUCGCGUUCGUAUGCAACGAGCGUAGAAAUUGAGCGAUAAAUUGAUUAGAAAACUCGAAGAGACCCGAGUAUAACUGUUACCAGGAUGUCGUAGGACAAUUUUAGUUGAGAAAGAUGGCAACGGGAUGACUCGUAGCAGUCCUGAAGGGUAAGUGCGCGACAAUUCUCCCACGCGUGACCACUCUAUAAAAAAGUGAAACUCCGCAAAGAAAAGAAUCACUUUCGCGUGGUCUUCUCGUCGAGAAGCAGCUUCAAAGUUCGCGUCGAUUUCGAGUAAUCCAGUUAGGAAGAGGAAACUCCUUCGAUCUCCGUCCAACCGAAUCUCUUAUCGUCAUGGGGCAACGACUUAUUCGCGUUUCUUUGCUGGCAACAGUCAUUUGCUACGCGUGCAGCGAGCGGAAUAAAUAUGCCGCUAUUUCGAAUCUAUCGCGGAAGGAACCUGUUGAAAACGAAUUGUUCGUAAGCAUAAUACGCGGUGAAAACUCUUCGAAUCUGCAACAGUCGAGCAACGACACCGGACAGUACGACAGGAGCUUGGAGAAACAAUCGAGAGCUACGGUUCAUCGCGCGGAAUCAGAAUCGAGAGGUUCCAGCUGUUGCGGGCCGAGGCAUGGUUCCGGUGCAUCGACACGACCUGAUACGUACCACAAUAAGAUUCCUGUGGACAGCAAUCGAUACUCGUCGCAAUACGGUGAACGUUUACCGAUCGAUAGAUACGGCUGGCAAGCUCAAGGGCAACCUCCUGAUUCAAGCGGAAACACUCGAAGACCCGGAGGUGGAAACCACGGUGUGCUCUAUGAAGGAAACCAAGGAGAUAGAUUUAGCUUCCGUCCGAGUUAUGGAAACGGAAAUUCGCACAGACCUUACAGCUACGAGACUGGGACGUCUGAUGGGUACGGGUACGGUAAUGGUGGCUAUGGAGGACACGGCACUAGCAGGCCAACUAGCUCUAGCGGGUCAAGUGUGAGCAGCAGUUACGGAAUUUCGGGAAUCCUUGCUAACGGCGACGAAUUCGGAUCCGUGGAGCCAAAUUAUCCAGAAGGGAGCGCUCCGUCGGUGCCAAAUAUUCAAGCGCAGAAGGCGGUAGCUUUGAAAGCAUUGGCUGGUGUUGCUUUGAUCGGCGCAGCGGCUGCGUUGGCUACAAAUCCUGUUCUCUUACCAAUUGGUUUAGUAUCGGGGAGAAGGAAACGAUCGAAUUUGCCGGUGCGAGAAGGAGAUGCACGUAUGCAGUUUAUUUCAAGGAUUCUAGACAAUAAGCCGCGACGAAUCGGUAAACUGUAGUGUCCUCAGUUGCGUUUAGGCGAUCUAAGAACGCGGAAAAAACACCUUUACAAGAAAUAAAAGUAAUUAAACCUUGCGAUGAAUUAAACUUGCGUUUAUAGACAAUACAACAUUUACGUAUUGUGUAUAUAGUCCUUAUAUUCUAUGUUCUUACUGUUCCGUUACCAUCCUUGAAAUUUCGUCCCUUUUAU